AUGUUCGUCACCUGCUGCCGUUGCACCGAAGGUGCCGAUGGGGGCACCGAAGCCUGUGCAGAUGAUGAGGUGCUGCCGAUCAGUGCUGUUCUGACCGCAGCCGGCAUGGCCAAAAGUUCCACAGGGGCUGAGGCCGCAAAAAGCGACGAGACUCGAGUGGCAGAUUCCAGCAAAAAGCUGCAUGCCUGUGCCCGAUCCCUGCGAUCCAGGAUUGAUAAAGACAAGCAGGAAGUUUGGAAGAAGACAGCAGCUGAAUUUGAAGUGCAAAAGAUGAUUUGGCAAAGCCUCAGUAUGAAAGGCGGCGAGAAGCUGAAAGGAAUCGCUGCCAUGAUUGAGUCGAAAGUCGAGUACGCCAUUGCCAGCCACACCAAAGAUCUCGACUCCGCCAUUGAAGCUCUGGACACAUGCCUGGAGAAGAACAAAGGUCAUGACCUCUUAUCCGCGGCCAUGUCGGAAGCCAUCGAAGAAAUCAAGAAUUGCCCCAAAACUCUGGCCAUGCAGGAGUUGGCCUCACUGCUAGAUAGCGCGGCUGAGGAGUUGGCCUCGGGCACCAAGUCCCGGAGCGCCACGGACGUGGAUGAUCCGUUGAAGCGCAGCGACCUUCAGGGCGGCAAGUUGGAGACGGCCAUCCGUGGCGCCUGGUCGGUCCUGGUGAUCCGGGAUGAUCCCGUGGCACAAGAAAAAAGGCUCUUUGUUGUGUCCCCCAAUGGCCAGCAACAGUGCGCCGGGGAAUAUGUGAUGCUUCCGGAGACUGCCAAUGGCCAACCAGUGUGGGAGCAAAAAGCUGGGUUCUUUUGGCUCUACUCAGGUACCAAUGGCAUGUGGAUCAUUGGCGCAAAAGAUGCGAAAGAUAAGAACUUCAAGUGCUCCCAUGGCCUGAUCUUCUGUCGAACGCUGCAUCAUGGGGUGUCGCCAGACCAAGUCGAUGGGGUCUGGGAGCGGCUGCAUGAGGAUAGCUUCCUUGAAGAUUCCAGCAUUGUGGUCAGUAGCAAGAUCCGGCCCUCCCAGUCACUGCUGGUGGUCACCCCCAACGGCCAGCAGAGGUGUGCUGGAAACUAUGUGCUCACAGAUGCGGUGGCGCAUGGUCUGCCGGUGUGGCAACAUCAAAGUGGAAAGUCCUACGUCUAUUGCGGCACGAACGGCUCUUGGAUCAUCGGGGGGUCCGAUGCAAAGGAGCUGGGCUUCAACUGCUCCAAAGGUGUGAUCUAUUCCAAGUGUGCAGCUGGUGGUGUGAUGCCUGACAAGAUCGGGGGACUGUGGCUACGCUUGAGCGACUCCAAGUUUGUGGAAGAUUCUGACCUGGUUGUGACCAUCAAGCCUCAGAGACUCUAUGUGCAGACCCCCUACGGCCAACAUAGGUGCGCGGGGGAGUAUGUGCCCCUCUCGGAUCGAACGGCCAAUGGCUAUCCCAUUUGGGAGCACACUGCUGGCAGUAGAUGUUGGCUCUACUCAGGCAACAACGGCAUGUGGAUCAUUGGUGGCAACGACGCCGCAGCCAAAAACUUUGCAUGUACCCGGGGCGUCAUUUACUGCCAGAGGGUGCAUGAUGGAAGGACACCCGAAAAGAUGGUGGGAAACUGGAUGCGCUUGGAUGGCGAGAAGUUCCGAGAGGACGCAGCCAUCGUGGUCAGCACUGACCCGCCUUCACUGCAUGUGCUGUGUCCUAGAGGCCAGCAGAGGUGUGGCGGGGAGUACCUGCUGCUGUCUGACCGCUUCCGGCACCAGCCUGUUUGGAAGCAGAGGGGCGGUCACCUCAGGAUUUGCACGGGUUCCGCUGGCGCUUGGGAAGUCAUCAACGGAACACCCAAGGAGGGUGGCCUAGAAGAACAGCCUCUUCUGAGAU